GCUACCGUGAUUGCCGUUCUCUCUGCAGACACUGCCCACUUUCUCUGCACCCGGUUGGGCAGGACUGGCCAAGGGAGGGGUACGAGCAAGACGCACCAAAUCCUUCUCACCGAGAAAACUCAUCUAAAGACAACACAGCGAUGGCGGAGGCCCAUCAGGCAGUGGCGUUCCAGUUCACCAUAACACCAGAGGGCAUCGACCUGCAGCUGUCCUACCAGGCCCUCAACCAGAUCUACCUGUCCGGAGUGCGAUCAUGGAAGAAACGAGUUAGCCGCAUGAGGAACAGUGUGAUUAAGGGCGUGUACCCGGCCAGCCCCUCGUCCUGGCUCUUUGUUGUCAUAGCGAUCCUGGCCACCAUGUACAUGCGUUCAGAUCCCAGCAUGGGGCUGAUUGCGAAGAUACAACAGCACCUGCCACUGAGCCUCCACCUCUCCCUGAGCGCUCAGGGUCAGACGAUGGUGUCGGCGCUCGUCUUCAGCACCCUGCUGUGGCUCUCGCUCAUCCUCACGCUCAGGUUCUGCCUCAAACUGCUCCUCUCCUACCACCGCUGGAUGUUUGAGCAGCACGGCCGAGUUUCCACCACCACCAAAGUCUGGGUGACUCUGUUGAGGUUGUUGUCAGGCAGGAAACCUCUGCUGUACAGCUACCAGACUUCUCUACCUCACCUGCCUGUCCCUGCCAUUAAGGACACACUGACCAGGUACCUGGAGUCGGUGCGCCCACUGCUGACUGGUCCAGAGUUUGAACGGAUGUCAGAACUGGCCAAUCAGUUUGAGUCUACUCUGGGGAACCGCCUCCAACGCUACCUCAAACUAAAAGCUCUGUGGGCCACCAAUUAUGUGAGUGACUGGUGGGAGGAAUAUAUCUACCUCAGGAGCCGAAGUCCCAUUAUGGUCAACAGUAACUACUACGGCAUGGACUUCCUGUAUGUGACCCCAACCGCAGUGCAGGCGGCCCGUGCCGGCAACACCAUCACUGCCCUGUUGCUCUAUCGCCGCAAGGUCAACCGAGAGGAACUCAAACCAACUCGUGUGCCAGGUACUGUCAUCCCUCUGUGUGCUGCUCAGUGUGAGAGGAUGUUCAACACAACACGCACACCAGGAGACGAGACUGAUGUACUGCAGCAUUGGCAGGACAGUGAGUUUGUGGCGGUGUAUCACAGGGGUCGCUUUUUCCGCCUCUGGGUGUACCGGGCAGGUCGGCUGCUUUGUCCCAGGGAGAUUGAGUUCCAGAUCCAGAGGAUCCUGGACGACCCGUCACCCCCCCAGCCAGGAGAGGACAAACUGGGGGCUCUGACUGCUGGAGACAGGAUUCCUUGGUCUCAGAUGAGGAAGCAGUACUUCAGCUCUGGGGUCAACAAGCGAUCUUUGGAUGCUAUCGAGCGAGCAGCCUUCUUUGUGACCCUGGACGACGAGGAGCAAGGAAUGAAGGGAGAUGACCCGGCGGGCAACUUGGACCGCUAUGCCAAAUCCCUGCUCCACGGGAAAUGCUAUGACAGGUGGUUUGAUAAAUCGUUCUCCAUCGUCAUCUACAAGAACGGGAAGAAUGGACUCAACGCAGAGCACUCCUGGGCUGAUGCACCAACAGUCGCCCAUCUUUGGGAGUACACACUGGCCACAGAUGCCUUCCAGCUGGGAUACACAGAGGACGGACACUGUAAAGGCGAGGUGGACCGCUCGCUGCCACACCCCCAGCGGCUGCUCUGGGACAUCCCCACAGAGGUCCAGACUCAAGUGACAAGCUCCCUGGCAGUGGCCACGGCACUGGCAGACAACGUGGACUGCCAUGUGUUUCCCUUCAGAGAGUUUGGAAAAGGACGGAUCAAGAAGCUACGCAUCAGCCCUGACGCAUUCAUACAGAUCAGCUUACAGCUGGCAUACUACAGGGAUCGUGGUGGUUUCUGUCUGACGUACGAGGCGUCAAUGACCCGUCUGUUCAGGGAGGGCCGGACUGAAACGGUGCGGUCCUGCUCCAAUGAAAGCUGUGCCUUCGUCAAAGCUCUGGAAGGGGGAGAGGGAGCAGAGCAGUGCAGGCGGCUUUUCCGACUGGCUGCAGAGAAGCACCAGAACCUUUACCGAUUGGCUAUGACGGGAGCUGGAAUCGACAGACACCUCUUCUGCCUGUACGUGGUCUCCAAAUACCUCGGGGUGGACUCGCCCUUCCUCAAAGAGGUUUUGUCAGAGCCAUGGCGUCUCUCCACCAGUCAGACUCCCAUUCAGCAAAUGGAGCUGUUUGAUCUGAAGAACCAUCCUGAUUUCAUAUCGCUCGGCGGAGGGUUUGGACCUGUUGCUGAUGAUGGCUAUGGGGUUUCCUACAUCAUUGUGGGUGAAGAUAUGAUCAACUUCCACGUGUCCUCUAAGUACUCCUGCAGUGACACUGAUUCCCACAGGUUUGGGGUGCAGAUCAGCCAGGCUCUCCAGGACAUCUUAGCUCUCCUCACCCCUGAAACCAAAACCGCCUCUUCCAACUCCAAAGGUCCGGCCCAAACUCAGUCCAAGAAGCUCCUCUGAACAUAGGUGAAGGGACAAGAAGCUGAGUGUGCAAAACGUAAAAAAUCUGUCACAGCUCGGGAUGAUUCAGUCAUCCCAGAGCUUAAGAGUACUCUUCACUCUGUCUGGAUCUAAUGCACGAAAUCAAGAAGGGAGUCAAGCUUUCAUCCAGGUGGUUCAAAUACUUUGUGAACUCAGUGGAUAUGGAGAUUUACAGUUACGCACACAUCAGCUAUUUAUAGACAUUUGGCAGAUAUUUACUGUUGUUUAUGAUCGUUAAGGGGCUGUUUAUUUUCCAUGGUGCUUCUAACGUUACACGCCAAGCCUGUCAAAGCGAUUUAGCUCGAUCCAACUGUUUCUUCUACUGCCCCUGGGAAUAUGAAAGAACUCUGAUGGAUGGUUAUAAAAAGGAAGGCUAAAGGCUAAAGUUCUUUUCACAUUGUGAGUUGACACAACCCUCCUGACAUGUUUUCAUUACAAACGAUUCAGAGCAGUUUUAUGUUCUGUCAGCGGUCAAGUACAAAAUCUUACACAGAGAAUGAGGGAUGGGGUGGAGAGAUAAGUGUCAAUGAUCAUGAAGGGAAGGAGCUGUUUUAAUGAUCUGAAGUCUAAACCCACUCUUACUGUCUGUCAUUUAUUUUUAUGCAUCUUGCAGGUCAGAACGUUGAAAGCUAGAUUCUGGUGUAAACUCUGAGAAUGGCCACUUUACCAGUGCAGUAAUAGAUAUUUGAAUCAAAUGUGUUAAUUUUAUUAUACUUUUCCCCACGGGUGUUUACUUUUAUCCCACAUGUGAUCUCUAGACAGGCUGGUUACCAGAUCCUGGGUCAAUUAUUGAAUUACUAUACUUUUAAAGGAAAAGUUUAGUCAAAUUUUGAGUUAAAUAGCCUGUGUAGUGUCUGUAAGUAGUUUAUAGUACUUGCAGUGACUAUUUGUGCUUGCCUCAUGUAACACUGAAUAUUUUAUCAUUGCUUCAUUUUGUGCAACAUUCAUAUUUUAAAUAUAUGAAUGUUUUAUUGCCUCAGCUAACUUAAAUUUUACUGCUUUCUUCCAUUAAAUUCUGGAAAUAUAAUCAUCAUAAAUGUGACAGUAACAUUAGAAAGGUGACAAAAGGAACUAUUUUCAUGAUGGAUAGGGUGCUUCUGAACCACUAUUAUGGGUGAAGCAGUGAUGCAGCUUCCCAUAGUCACAGUAAAACUAUCCUGAAGGGUAUUCUGGCUUUUACACAUUAGCACGUUGUUAAAACAGGAUGGAUCACUAACAGAUCGUUUUAAGUCCAUCUGUGACCAAUUAGCUUGCUUGGCUGAAACAACGUGAUGUAUAAAGGCCUGUUGACCUUUGGGUGUCUUUUGGGUCUUAGUUUAUUUCUCCACAGUUGUCUGAUUUGAGGAUUUUUUCCCACUAAAUUACGUUGAGGAACAGAGGGAAAGCAAACAGUUCAGUUUGGUGAUGCUGCCCUAGGUCAGACUCAACAUUGUAAAGAAAUUAGUGCUGAAAUUUGUCAUACUCAUAUUGAACUGUUUAAUUUAAAUUAAUAUGUGAAUGAAUAAAUAAAUUUGUGGGGGAUAUAAGAGUCUAUUUCCCUAGGUCCUGGUCAGUUUUCUUAAUUCAGUUUCAGCUUCCUGUGAUAAACAUUUGGGCACAAAGGACUUUAAAUCCCCAAGUGUGGACUGGAAGGCUCACAGAGCACAACCACAAGCGGUGUGACGCUGCUGUGUGCACUGCUUUGUUACCAAACCAAAUAUUAAACGACAGCUGGAAGUUAAAGCCAGCUGUAAUCACAGUCAAAUUUUAUGCCGCAGCACUCAGAUUCAAAUUGUCUUUACAUACACGCAAAUACAAGCACCACUGGAACUGAUUUUUUUUCCAAUAGGCUGAUAAACAAAAGGUGAUCAAGUGGAUUUUCCCAGUUUCAUUUUGACCCGGAUCUGGUGACAAUAGAAGCCUAAGUAUUUUUAUGCCAUGAUCAGGAAGGAAGAAAGGGAGGGAGUGAGGAAACAGGUAAAUUGAACUUUUUUUUUGGCAGUAACAUAGUUAACUUAGACAAAUUCUGUUUGGUGUGCAGUCACUUGAUUUAUUUAUAUAAGUGAGUCUCCACCAAACCUUGAACACUCAGAGGAAAGACCCACCUUUAAAAAGCACAGGUGUUAUACCCAUGAUGCUGGACUGUUUGCUUGAUUGACUCAAAAUGAAAGUGAUAGGUGUCUGUCUUGGUGACAGUAAGUAAUUAAAAUUUAAAUAAAAUUGGCUUCAUUCCCCUCUACAACUCGGUAUGAAGUUGAAAACUGUUUGUCUAUAUCUCUCUAAAAUCUUUUCCCUGUCACUUUCCAUAAAGUCCAUUACCCUUUCACCAGCUCCUCCCAGGGUUUGUUCGUCACAUGAUCACAACAAUCUUAGUUCUCACCUCUUGCCUAUUGUUCUGGAGAAUGUUUCGUCACGUUCACAAAGUGAGGCUGAAGCAUAAUCCCAAAGUGAAAGCUCUUUUGUUGCAUGAGAAAGUCCAUGAGAGGAGCAACAAUUGUGUUUGGGAAUUUCCCUUCAAGCCCCGUAGAUGAAAACAUUUGGCAGUUUUGGACAAGACAUAGUUGUGAUGGAAUGUGAUCCAGUGAGAAAUAUAAUUAGCCAUAGCUAAUUGUCUACCCACCCACGUAAGGUACAACCUUUCAUUUUCCACUCUACGUUUUAUCAAAAACAAUAGCAGUCUUCUCACGGUAAACAGCGGUCACUAAUUUUGGGGUCAUGACUUAAGGUUAGACUUUUAGUUUUCAGCAAAGAAUACACUCAUUAAUAUUAUUUAAUGGUACAUAGUCCACUUCUGCACAGAUUUGUAGGCCUACUUUUUAGGCUGUAUGGUGAAACUCAAUCAUUCACUCACUGACUCACUUACAGGAUCACGAUGAGCUACAGGUGUGUUCUAUUCGGAUACUAUGCACUGCUGACACAGCUUAAUUUUGUGGAGUCACAAAGUCCUAUUUAAGAGGCAUUUUUUUCUCUGGAUGGAUUUAGGAUGGAUGUGUCGGUCCGUUGUUCUGUUUAACAAUUUUUACUCUAUGGCAACAAAUCUUGAAAUUUAAUAGUCAGGUUGCAAUGAAAUUUGGUUAGCACAUUCAUGCCUUGUCACAUCUCCAUAAUCUGUUGUCAUGAACUAUGACAAUAGCACUUCCCAAAGCAUAAGGUGUAUUCCACAACUAAACAUGGCUUCUGUCACUUUUCUAAUGCAUUAAGACAUAAUUCUUCAUGAGAUGACUUUCAUUUUUCCAUGAUGGAUCAUAUAAAUUUUUUUUAAGAUGCAAAGCUUCUAUGAUGUUUAGGUGAAACUCAAUCACUCUUUCACUCAUUCACUAUAUAUGUGUGUAUAUAUAUGCCACUUGGUCAGGUCAGACAAAAAGCCUUUGAACAUGCCUCUAGAUAAUAAAUAAUAUAGAUAAUGUUCAGUUUCUCUUCUCACACAAUUCAUGUCCUUUGGCUUUGUAGCAGACAUACACGCAGUUGCAUGCCUUUUUUGUAAAUUUCCAUAGGUUGGAAAACAAGUGGCUUAAUUCAUGUAUUCAUUCAGUACAACUUUGUCAAUGCAAAUCUUAAAUCAAUGCAGUUCCUUAAGGAAAACUUCUAAGCAGCAACUGUGUGUUUUGGGUGUUAAUAAGAAUGUAUUCAACUAGCUUACUUGCCGUUAGCAUUGUCAGGAGUUUACCUCAUGCGCAGUGAUGUAGCAGCAAAACAUAAGGUUAUGUCCAUCACAACGACCAGUAUGUAUUAAUUUAAAUAUAUAUAUAAUCUUAAAUGUAGGUAUUUUCUGCUGGACAUGCUGGGCGGCGGCAAGGUUUGUGUAGGUGUAGCACGUUACGCCUCAUCUCUGCUCAUGAAUGAGAACUCCAUUCUAACAAUAAUGUUGAACUAUAUUGGCUGUGUUGGCCUAGUACCUCAAUAACCUCAGAUCUCACUGUGGCCUCUGUUCCUGUCUCAAGUUCAAUAUUUUGCAGCUCAUUUCCUAAAUUGUUGAAAGCCAAAGAAAUGCUUUAUUGCCGCUGAGCUCUAUUGCUCAGCGGCAAGACCGUUAUCUUAAUAUUUAAGAAAGGUUUUAAAAACUGAUGUCGACAGGUGCAGCAUAUUUCAGUGACAGUUUUCUACCUCUCCUCAGCAGUCCUCUUUCUGAACAGUUCUCUGUAUGAUCAUAUAGUGACAGGGAUAUUUUUUGUGAAUCAAUAGACUGAGCACAAAAGCGCUUUCUCUUCACAAAAGAUUGCAGGUAAUGUUGGAGAUCUAGGAAUUUAAGGUUAUUCCACGGUUUUGCUCUGGUGAGAGCAAUCUUAUUCUCAAAAAACAGUCAAACCAAUUAUGUGCCUCAAUCUACCCCACUGUGCCACACACAGCAUCGGAGAGCAUCUGUGUCCUUUCAAAUGAAGAUGCUGAAACAAGUGGAACGUGAGUGAAGGAGAACAGAUAGAAAGUGUCUUUAUAACACUUGUUUUAACACUUUGGGAAAUGAGCUCUUGUUGAUCGCAACUAACAUUUAGUAGCAGUUUCCACAUUUGCUUCGUGGAAGGGUUACAGGUUAAAGAGUCUGACUUUUUUUUUUGCUUUUGGGAGAAUCAUUUUCGUAUCAUUAAUUUCCAUGUAUCCUGGUACAAAUGAUGCUUUUAUUCUCUGUAUGUGUAAUGUUUGAACCUUUUUAUGGAUGUAUGGGUACUGUAGUUGAACUCCGUUACUGAAAUGAUCUAAUAGCUCAUGUUUACUGACUUUAUACUCCACAAGAUGCUUGUAAUUGUCAGAGUCUUUGUCAGUCAAAUGCAUUUUAAAAUGUAUUUAAAUGUAAAUUGUGGACUGUGCAAAAUGUCUUUUACUAAUGGUGAUGGUGUACAAUUAAAUUAAAAUAUUUGACCUACAGUGUA